AUGAAGCCGUACGAGAUUAUCAUUUUCUAUCUCUUAGCAGCUAUGAAAUAUGUCAUUGCAGAGCCCGGGGUCAAAACUGUUACCGGUGCAACAACUAGUUUUACAUGUUCUAUAACACAGAGAGUGGCCACAUUCGACUCAACAUCCCGUAUCAGCGGGGCUGUAUCUCUCGGGUUGUCUGCAGCACCAACAGGGGUGUCUUGGGUCAAUGGCGGUAAGCACCAUCUAGUAGCGGAUACUUUCCGCAACUCAGAUACUAUCGUGUCUACAUCGAAGGGCAAGCCUGUGACCACUGUGGUUCCAGUUAUAUCGAUACCGAGAAGUUGCUCGGCAAAGUCCCUUUGGGAAUAUCCCAUCAUGGAAGGCGCGGCUUGGUGGUAUACCGGCAACACCAACCCCAGUGCUUUCCGCGUAAUUUAUGCAGCCAACCCAACCAUCACCAGCACCACGACCACCAGACCCGAUUCAAAAGUAGUUACACAAACGAUUACGAGCUGGCCUACGGCAGAGGCUCCAGAUUGUCUAUAUCUCAUUGAGAGAUUUGCCCAAUAG